UUGAAGACAACUUCAGGGUAGUUUGUGGGCAACGUUUGGAUAAAUUUUUAUGUAGUUGUUUUUAACUGCACUCUUCGGUUAUACCACUGGAUUUCUAGUAGCAGAUAUCGUUUUACGAAGCCCGUCGUUUUGUGUCAUAACUAAUAGUGUAACGUGUCCGUUAUUUUAACGCGUAUUUCCAACAGAAAGCCAAGUUAGCUAUGAAGUUAGCAGUGCGGAUCGCCAGCUGGUCCUGACGCCAAGGCCAAGAACCAGCGAUGAUCGAUUAUAUGUCGUCGGCUGCGUUUUGUACCUCACGAAAUAUUUUGUUUGUGUUGUUAAUGUUAGGUAGCCUUCUUGGCACGAUAAAAACCUUGAGUUGAGAGGCUAACGAUAGCCAGUCUGUCCUGAUAUUCUUCGGAGAUAACGUCACGUCGUGAGGGGAAAAAAUCGACUCGGCUGCUGCUAUCUGUUCAAAUGAGAGGGUUUGUCCCACAGUGAUGAAGUUGUAGUUGCCGGAUAACAUGACUGAAAAUGUGCGCCGUGGUGACAGUAUCAAGAAGUCCGCACUUGUCGAGUUAAGCGCCUGAAAGUGGGGAGCUCGGUCCGAUAUGAAGGCCCUGGCGUCCAGAUUCUCCUUCUAUGCGGGUUUCCUGGUGGGGACCUUCACCCUGUACGUGUUCCUGCGGCAGGUGUGGUUUGAGAAGAGUUUCUCAGCACAUCAUCCCAAUGGCUUGGACAAACAUGUUGACGACCAGCAUGAAGUCGAGGAGGAGAGGAAAGUCUGGAAGAAGGAGAGAUCCGCACUGUUCAACCUCAAACACCCUCAUCACAAAGGUGAGGACAGCCACAUGGCAGAUGAGCUGUAUAAGAAGGUGCGCAUUCUUUGCUGGGUAAUGACCGGUCCCAGUAAUUUGGAGAAGAAGGCUCGGCAUGUGAAGUCCACAUGGAGUCGACACUGCAACGUUGUGGUUUUCAUGAGCUCGGUGGACGACCCCGACUUCCCCACUGUGGGCUUGGGCACAAAGGAGGGCCGGGACCAGCUUUACUGGAAGACGAUCCGGGCCUACCAUUACGCCUAUGAACAUCAUGCCCACGAGGCCGACUGGUUUCUCAAGGCAGACGACGACACAUAUGUUAUCGUGGACAACCUGCGUUGGGUGCUUGCAAACCGCACGCCUGAUGAGCCUAUCUAUUUCGGGCGAAGAUUCAAGCCUUACACCAAGCAGGGCUACAUGAGUGGGGGUGCCGGCUAUGUCCUGAGUAAAGAGGCUCUGCGGAGAUUCGUAGAGGGUUUCAAAAACAAGGUGUGCACUCACACUACCUCUGUGGAAGACUUGGCAAUGGGGCAGUGUAUGGAGAAAGUCGGGGUGCAGGCAGGAGACUCUAGAGACUCUCUGCACAGGGAGACCUUUCAUCCUUUUGUCCCUGAGCAGCACCUCACCUCCAAGUUUCCCAAGAGCUUCUGGUACUGGAGCUACUGCUACUACCCUAUUUCAGAGGGCCCAAAUUGCUGCUCGGACCUGUCUGUGUCUUUCCAUUAUGUAGAUGCGUCACUUAUGUAUUUAUUGGAGUACUACACCUACCACCUGCGUGCCUUUGGCUACAGAUAUCGUUACCAGCCCCCGAUUCCACUGGGAUACAAGACUGAGGAGUCAGCACGCUCUCGGGAUGGUUCAGAGGGCCAAGAGCUGACUUCCCGAGCGAAAGGGAAAGGAGACGGGGAAGAUCCCUCAAAAUCUGAAAAGAGACAGGAAGGAAAUCUUCCCCCUGCAGCUGAUGACGGACCUCCUGCUGCUCCACUGGACAAAAAACAGUAGCACUGUGUGUGUGUGUGUGUGUGUGUGUGUGUGUGUGUGUGUGUGUGUGUGUGUGUGUGUGUGUGUGUGUUGAAGUCAAGUGACAGUUUGGGAGGAGCAAGGUGUGCUUUUGUUUGUUCACUUGCACACUCUUCUACAAAAGCAGAAAAACCAGAUUUGGUAUACUUGUAUAAGGGUGCAGCGCUGAAGGAUGACCAUUGAACUGUACUGUGAUCACAAGUCUAAAGGGUGAUUUUAUCACUUUUAUCCUUAUUUUUUCAGGUUUUUUUUUUUUUUUAACUACUUGGUGUCUUCUUGACAAGUUGACAGUAACUUGCCCUUGCUUUGUUCAUAGUUCAUAGUAAGCUUUACUCAUUUGAACAUUUACCUUUUAAUUCGGAGUACCCAGUGAGUCUUUGAGUUUCCAGUGCAGUCUACAGGUCGAUGAGAUUAUUGUGCCGGUGAGAGCCCAGAAUAACCUGAUUGACCAAGCCUUGUGGUUCCUGACUGGCUUGCUUGACUUUAUUCAGGGAUGAAUGGCUCCAUGCUAUGAAAGCAGGUUUUCUUUCCAUCCAGGUCAUUUAAUUGAGUAGUCCGUCCUCUUUGGUUGAAGGUGCGCUGAUAAAUAAAAUCAGUGUGGUGUUAAAAGGAGUAGACUUUGGUUGGAAUGAAGAUCUCCAAGUUCUUGGCACGCCCAUGGCAAGUGGUUGCCUAUCCCUGCCUUAUUUUUGAUGUUGGCACUGGAUAUACAUUCCACCAGAUGUAUGUUUUUUUUUUCUUUAACUGUUAACUUCGUACUAGUGCAUUUCACUGAGGAAAUUAUUUCUCUAACAUUGCAGAAUGGCAGAUAUUUUUCACCCUGACGGUGUAUGAUGCUCCCUAGCUGCUGAACAUUGGUAGAGCGUUCCCAGCCUUUGUUUCCCUCAUCCUCCCAGACUCAUUAGCUUGUGCCUUGCAAAUUGAGAUUGUAUGAGCCAUCAGCUGCACACAAGACUUUGCACUGUGACACUGACAUAAUGAGAAUGAUGCUUUCAGAUGGAGUGAAAUAUUGUUUCAUCCUUUCGGCCUGGGCGAUUUUAGCCUUUGGGCAAUCAACUGGACAGCUUGUAUAAUGACAACUUGUUUGAGCAAGCAGGAAAUCUUCUUUCAACAAUUUUAGUUUCUACAAUGUUGUGUAUUUUUUAAAUUAAGCUCUCAGUUGAUCAGAGGUUUUCCUUUAUGCCUGAUUACAUAGUGUGUAUUAUUAGUAAAUUCUUAAGAACAGUUCUGCUAUUACUUAAUAACCAAACAAGGAAACUGUUUAUGCUCAUGAAUUAAUUUUAUGGGAGAUAAUUACCAAAUACAGAAUAGGUGAGAAUGAGCUCUGGCAUGAAACGGGAUUCAGUAGUGACUCGGUCAUUUUAUUUUUUUAAAAGAUAGUGUUAUAUUGCAAUAUAUGGUGAAAAAAAAUUUGAAUGCACUUUUUAGUGUUACUAAUUACUGUUUUUUUUUUUUUUUUUUUUUUUUAACCACUGCAGUAAAAUCUUUUAUUCUCAUCCUUGGUGAAAAAUUGUAUAUGAGGUAACCAAUGCCUAUUAAGAUGCCUUUUCUAAGUGUUUACACGUCUGUUCCCUCUGUACAUGAGCACAGAGCAUGUUCAGUCUUGUUUUUUUUUUCUUUUUUGUAUUAAAAAAUGAAAAAUCCAAUUUAAACCAAAUCAGCAUGUAUGAUAUACUGAUUUCUUUUGAAAUCGAUGCACAUUUUUAUUUCUAAGCAAAUUCAUCUCUUAAACCAUUAACAUUUGCAACAUACUGAUCUUGUCAAUAUUUGCUAUGCAGAUUUUGAUGCUCAAUGGAACAAAGGUCUGCUGGCCCAAAAAUUUGACUGAAAAAACAAACAAACAAACAAAAAAUGUGUGGUCUGUGGUGCCAAGCUGUUGGUACAAAAGGUUCGGUCCUCGACAAUCUAUUUCAUUCCACAUCCUAAUUUUGUCAAAGGGAAUUAUGUACAUUACUGUAUUUAUAUUUGGGAUUUAUUUAUGUUGGUAUUGACGUCUAAAUUGUGUUGGUCAAUACGAUUAGUGUGUUAAUGAGUUUGUGUGAAUGUGUGAGCACAUCAUGAUCAGUGUGCAGUGUCAUUUUCAGUGAAUGGUACUUUAAUCAGUAUAAAUAAAUGCAUAUUUUACUGUA